CAACUUGCUUCCUGCACCUUUCCUCCUUUCCACCAUGGUUGCUCGCGCACAGACUUCUGCAGCUGGUGUAUUAGCUCUGCUGUCCGAGCCAGAGCCUCUCGUUAAGCAACAUGCCCUACUAGCCCUUGUCCCUCUUGUGCCUCAAUUUUGGGCAGAAAUUUCGGAGCACAUCCCGAUCAUAGAGGCGCUGUAUGAAAGCAAAGAGCUCCCGAAGGAGGCCCGCGACUCUGCUGCUCUACUCGCAAGCAAGGUCUAUUAUUUUCUAGGCGAACAUGACGAAGCUCUGUCCUUCGCUCUUGGCGCCGGACCCGCCUUUGAGGCUGAGAGUCGCGUGUUUGGGUCGGAGGAAUAUAUUGAAACAGUUAUCUCAAAGGCAAUCGACAGAUACGUCGAACUCCGUGUGGACGAGACAUCUGCAAAGAAGAUUGACCCGCGUUUGCAAACUAUCAUUGAGAGCAUAUUCAGGCGAUGCAUUGACGAUGGAGAGCACAAGCAAGCCAUUGGAAUUGCACUCGAGUCGCACCGCCUUGACCUCAUCUUAGAAAUUUUCAAACUUACUCAAGAUGUAUCGAUGCUCUCGUAUGCAAUGGACUCCGUGAUCGACAUGAACUUUUCGCUUUCAUACCGAAAUGAAGUCCUCAACUUCCUUCUCCCACUAUUUCCGCCCCUUGAAUCCAAGGCAUCCCACGUUUAUGCGGUCACCCGUAUACUCGUAACCCUCAGCAACCCUUCGGUCACCGUGCCGAUGCUCACGAAACUGAUACCCGAAGAGAAGCUCCUUGCUUACCAACUUGCGUUCGACCUCGUUGAAGGUGGUGGUCAAGACUUCUUAGUGGCUAUUAGAGCCGGUCUUCCAGAGGGCGAUUCGCAAACCAAAGAAAUAUAUGAUACCAUUCGUCAGAUUUUAACUGGACAAGAGUCCGUGAAACUAUACCUACAGUUCCUGCGGCGAAAUAAUAAAGUAGAUAUGCUUAUUCUAAAGAAUACCAAGGACGUUCUCGAACCACGGUCAUCAGUUUAUCACAACGCGCUUACUUUCCAGAAUGCCUUCAUGCAUGCAGGAACCACCUCUGACGUUUUUCUACGAGAGAACCUAGAAUGGUUAGGGAAAGCAACUAACUGGGCAAAGUUUUCUGCCACCGUGGGCCUCGGAGUAAUCCACAAGGGUCACUUUGAAGAAGGAAUGAACAUCCUUGGCCCGUACCUGCCUGUAGAGGGUGGCAGUCAGCCCCCAGGCAUUCAAGGAGCACAGUAUUCAGAGGGCGGGGCACUUUACGCUCUUGGACUCGUAAACGCAGGAUGUGGUAUCGGUCGUGAUGUUGAAAGCUACCUACGUGACAAGCUAAGGGCUGCGACAAAUGAGGUCGUACAACAUGGUGCUGCUUUAGGCCUUGGAGUUGCUGGUAUGGGCGGAAAGAACGAACAGUCGUACGACGACCUGAAGCAGGCUCUAUACACUGAUUCUGCCGUUGCGGGUGAAGCUGCCGGUUAUGCGAUGGGUCUUGUUAUGCUCGGAACUGCUGAUGCAAGGUAUGCUGACGAGAUGUUGGCGUAUGCUAGAGAGACACAACACGAGAAGAUUAUUCGUGGUCUUGCUGUUGGGCUGGCCUUCCUCUACUAUGGCAGACAGGAACAAGCCGACGAAAUGGGGACGAUGCUCCUUGCUGACAAGGACCCAAUUCUGCGGUACGGUGGCGUAUACACUAUCGCUCUUGCUUAUGCUGGUACUUCGAACAACGGAGCCAUUCGAAAAUUACUCCACGUUGCCGUCUCCGAUACUUCUGACGAUGUCCGACGUGCGGCCGUCACGUCUCUGGCGUUCGUGCUUUUCAAGAAUCCCGGGCAGGUACCACGGAUAGUGCAACUACUUAGCGAGAGUUACAACCCACACGUCCGCUGCGGAGCAACACUAGCUCUCGGUAUUGCUUGCGCUGGCACUGGACUUCAAGAUGCCGUGGAUAUCCUUGAACCCAUGACCAAGGACCCAGUCGACUUUGUGCGUCAGGGUGCAUUCAUCGCCCUCGGAAUGGUCCUAGUAGAACAGUCUGAGGCUGCUUGCCCAUCCAUGUCCUCCACUCGCAGUCUCUAUGCAAAAGUAGUAGCAGACAAGCACGAAGAUCCAAUGGCUCGCUUCGGUGCUGCAUUAGGGCAAGGAUUAAUAGACGCCGGUGGUCGUAAUGUUACAAUUAGUCUGCAGAGCCGUGCAGGAAGUCGGAACACGAAUGCCAUUGUUGGUAUGGUCUUGUUCUGCCAGUUCUGGUAUUGGUUCCCUCUAGCACACUGCGCAUGCCUCGCGUUUGAACCUACUGCGAUCAUCGGGUUGAAUGGAGAUUUGAAGGCUACCAAAUUUGAGUUCGUCUCCAAUGCUAAGCCCAGCCUCUUUGCCUACCCUGCUCCCACCAAACCCCCGACCAGAGAGCCAAUCAUGAAGGUCACAACAGCUGUGCUUUCCACGACCGCGAAAGCCAAGGCACGGGAAAAGACAAAGGAGAGAGAAAAGGCAGCUGCAACCGCAAACGGUGACGUAAUGGAGACAGAUACGAAGCCGGAACCGAAGCCGGAACCGAAAGGUGAUAUUGAAAUGAAAGCUGAUGAGUCGUCAUCAUCAACGGUGGUGCCGGGAGAUAUCUCUCCUAUCGCUGGCACAGUCUCCAAUUUACCUGAUGCGCAGAAGACGGACGCAAAAACUGUGGACGCGAAGAAACGAAAACAAGAGCCUUCAUCUGAAAAGCUGCCGAACUUUUCUCGUGUUACACCUGCGCAGCUUGCCCAUGUUGUCUUCCCUUCCGAAGGUCGCUUCCAUCCUGUACGACCUGUUUCGACGAGGUCAGCGAAGUCUGGAAAGGGGAAAGCAUCGUUCUCAUCGAGCGUGAAAACACCGACCACUACGGCGCUGGGGGUUACAUCCGAACGAUAUGCCGGUGGAGGCGGAAUCCUCAUACUCAUUGACCAGGCGCCUGGUGAGCCAGUUGAAUUCAUCGAAGCCGAGGUCCCUGUCGCUGCUCCACCAGCAAAUGCCGUGCCUACAGCGCCGAACGCGAUCGGCCUAACUCCAGCAGCGUCAACGCAAACUGGUCCUCAUAUCGCCCUUGAUGAGAACGGACCUGAAGCGGACCCGCCAGCAUCUUUCGAGUAUCCUUUCGACGAUUAAUCUCCAAAAGGCGCCUUAUUGUGUUUCUAGUUCCUUGUAUUUCGGCUGGCCAAUGUUUUGGCAAACCUUCUUAGAUUAUCAAUGUCCCAGGGAUGUUUAUACACUGCUUUCAUUCAUUCUUAAUUGCGCAUGUCUCAAUUGCCAAAUGAAAUUAUU